AUGGAAAAACAGGACCACGCCGCAGACUCAGAUGUGCCUGGAGACAAGCAAUCCGCAUUCAAGAACCUGGGAAUCAUCGAUCGAUUCCUGGCGAUAUGGAUUUUCCUUGCUAUGGCGAUUGGUAUCAUUCUAGGGAACUUCGUGCCUAGCACCGGUCCUGCUUUGCAACGGGGAAAGUUGGUAGGCGUAUCCGUACCAAUCGCCGUUGGUCUCCUGGUUAUGAUGUACCCCAUUCUCUGCAAGGUUCGAUACGAAAGUCUGCACCAGGUCUUCCGAACACGCCAGAUUUGGAUCCAAAUUGGCUUUAGCAUCUUUUGCAAUUGGAUAAUUGCGCCGUUCUUCAUGUUGGCAUUGGCCUGGGCUUUCUUGCCGGAUGAGCCAGAGUUACGCCAGGGACUUAUUCUAGUUGGGCUCGCAAGAUGUAUUGCCAUGGUCCUGAUAUGGACCGGACUAGCAGGCGGCGAUGAAGAAUACUGCGCUAUCCUAGUAGCCGUCAACUCACUGCUUCAGAUGGCGCUGUUCGCGCCGCUCGGAGUCUUCUUCAUCCAAGUGAUCAGCGGAGACUCCGUCGACUUCGAGUACGCCACGGCCGCAAAGAGCGUCGCAGUCUUUCUCGGGAUCCCCCUAGGCGCCGCGGUCCUGACCCGGGUUACGCUCCGAAAGGUGACAAGCCCGCAAUGGUUCGACCGUGUGUUCCUCAAAUGGGCCAGCCCAUGGUCGUUGAUCGGGCUGCUAUUUACCAUUCUCGUCCUGUUUGCAUCCCAGGGUCGCCAGGUGGUUCACCAGAUCGUCUCUGUUGUCCGGGUCGCCGCGCCCCUGGUUGUCUAUUUCGCCGUUAUCUUUUUUUCGACCCUGUGUGUCGCAUACAAACUAGGCUUCGGCUACCGGCUGGCAGCGACGCAGAGCUUCACUGCCGCAAGCAAUAAUUUCGAGCUGGCGAUCGCGGUGGCCGUUGCCAUGUUUGGCGCCGAUAGUAACCAGGCCCUCGCAGCCACCGUGGGACCUCUGAUUGAGGUUCCGGUCUUGUUGGGGCUUGUUUACGCUGUGAAGUUACUGGCAAGAAGACUGAGGUGGCAAGACUAA